AAAUGAAUUCUAAAGUUUUUUUUCUUUUAUCCAUUUUAGCCUUUUUGGCUUUCUCUCAACUUACUUUAGUUUCAUGUAGAAAGGCCAAAACCAACCAUGAUUUAGAUGGAUUCACUCUUGAUCUUAUUCACCGCGAUUCUCCUCUUUCUCCCUAUUAUAACCCUUCCAUCACCCCUUCUCAACGCCUCCGAGAUGCAUGUCAACGAUCUUUCUCCCGAGCAUCUUUCUUCAUGAAUCAAGCUAUUCAAUCAAACAUCAUUCCAGAUCAAGGAGAUUAUUUAAUGAAAAUUUCCCUCGGUACGCCCCCAAGGGAAACCUUUGUAGUUGCUGACACUGGGAGUGAAUUGACAUGGAUACAAUGCAAGCCGUGUACUCAUUGUUAUAAACAAAUCUUACCCUUUUUCGAUCCUCAAAAAAGCUCAACUUAUAAAAUAAUUGGUUGUCAUAGUAAGGAAUGUGAGCUAGUGAGAGAUCCAACUUGUGUUAGAAAAAAUGUUUGUGAAUAUGAGGUGCGUUAUGGUGAUAAUUCUCAUAGUAUUGGUGAUGUUGCUUCUGAGACAUUCACAUUUGCAUCAACAACAUCUAAAACCAAAAAGGUCCAUAGUAAUAUUUCAAUUCCACAUGUUAUUUUUGGUUGUGGACAUGAUAAUGGUGGCACUUUCAGCAAUCGUACUGCUGGGAUUGUGGGAUUAGGAGAUUCAAAAAUCUCUAUUAUUAAUCAACUUGAUAAACAAAUUAAAGGGAAAUUCUCUUAUUGUUUAGUCCCAAAUGAUGAUUUAUCACCAUCUUCUCGUCCUCCCAAUACUACAAGUAAAAUUAAUUUUGGUCCUAAGGCAAUUGUGUCGGGGCCUAACGUUCUUACAACUCCCAUAAUUCGAAAGGACACCGAUAUAUUCUACUUUCUAAAUCUCGAAAGUGUUAGCGUUGGAGGUAAGAAGUUAGAGUACUUUAAAUCUUCACAACUCAUGAAUUCUUCUACUGCUGAUGAAGACUUGGGAAACAUUAUAAUUGAUUCUGGUACAACAUUGACAAUGGUCCCUGGGGAAUUUUACAACGAAUUGGAAUCGACUUUAGUGGAAAUGAUUGGAGAAAAGAGGAAAGAACAUGGCCCACUUCCGCUAUGUUACGAGGCGAAAAGCGUUGUGAAUAAAAUUCCUAAGAUUGUGUUCCAUUUCACAGAUGCUGAUAUCGAGUUGUUACCUAUGAAUACAUUUGCAAAAAUUGAUGAUUUGAGUUGUCUGUCAAUUGUUGAUGGGGGUGGUGGUAAAUUUGGUGUUUAUGGAAACUUGGCACAGAUGAAUUUCCUUAUUGGAUAUGAUAUUGUAAAUCACAAGCUCUCUUUCUUACCUACAAAUUGUACCAAACACUGA